AUGACAACACCAAGGUAUCCAAACAGAAAGAGGUCUGAGGGGUGGAACACUUUCCUUACAACCUUUAUAUUUGCAGGGACUCAUUCCAGGGCCGAAAGGUCACCAAGAGGGAAAAUGAUAGGGAGCGUUUAUAAACUACAGAUGGUUUUUCUCUUUUAAAUACUAGACCUCAGGGUCAUCCAAUGAAACUGAGUGGUGGUACAUUAUAAGGAUGUGUACAGGUGCUGUGUUACCAGUUGUAUUACUGUAUUACUGGCUGUUUGGCCAAUAGCAACCACCAGGCAAGCAAGAGGUUCUUUGGAUUCCACUGGACGGAGACUCUUAGGUAAAGAAAAACAUCAAUUAAUUGGUAAACAUUAGCAAAGAAAUUGAUCAGCAACGUAGAAUAGAGUCUAAUAUAAAGCCAACAGUGACUAGAAUAAACUAUAAAGCUAGCAAUAUAACCAAUAAGCAGAAUGUCUUAGGCAACAAUAAUGAUAUUACAGAUAGCAUAGGUUCUUUGUGUCUCCCCAGCCAAUGAAGAUUUGGAAGGUUUAUCUGGGACACUUCAGGCUGGCAGGUGGUCAUUCUCUUCACAUUCUGGCAUGUAGUAUAGAACAGUGUAUCAAGAUCUCCCUGUCCCCUUCAGCUGCUGGCCCUUAUAUAGUCCAUAGUGAAGUUCUCAUGCCAAGCUGGCAACAGAUGUAAUUCAUGAUGUUAUUUCACUCCCAUCCUUUGAUCUGGCCUGGGAAUCGACACACGUGGGCAUGAGAGCCUUCAUUUGCAUUCUUUAUCUCUGUGGUUCGGUCAAAGUAAGGUUAUUUUCCUUGUUCCCAGUCAACUGCUUCCUCCUUCCUUCCCCUAUGCAGUCAAGUGUUUGAUAGCUGGCCAAGCCAUGAAGUUCCUUUCACUUCUUCUCAAACAGCCAGAUUCCUUAUAUUAAAGCUCCAGCUACAUUGCAAACCAGGAGCACCACAUUCUGUUUUAUUCCCUGGCAAUACAGGUGCCCUGCUCUGAUUCAUGGGCCCAAUUUAUUUAUCCAGAUCCAGAUCAUGAUCCAGAAAAUACAAUUCUUUGGAAAAACCCAUUUACUAGCAUAUCAAGGACUGCUAGCUCAGAUGGCUUUGAAACGGGAUUAGAAAACAUCCCUCUUUCUUUCUUUAAGAAACAGCAUCAGAUGUCAGGCUGGGUCUUUGCAAAAAGAAAACAAAAUGGCACACUUGGGGAGCCUGGGUAACAGCUUCCCCUCUACUUCUUUUCCAGGUCCAACUCAUGCUCUCCAAAGUCUUGCUAGACUCAAUUGGAUUUACAUGCAUCCAACUGAGACCAGAUCUAGUACUCCAUCUUUUCUGAUGAUCAGGAGGCAGUUAUAUAAUUAAAUGCAUACACCUUCCAUCAAGGAUGGGGAGCAUGUUAUUGGUCUACAACUUCUGUCAUCCCCAACCAUUGACCAUGAUGCCUGUGACGGAGGGAAUUGGCACCCAGGAACAUCUGAAGACCUCAAAUGAUAAUGAUAAUGAUAACAAUUUACUAUUUAUACCCCGCCCAUCUGGCUGGGUUUCCCAGCAACUUUCUGGGCGGAUGCCAGCAGAUUAAAAACAAAAUAAACAAAAUAAAACACCACACAUUAAAAACUUCCCUAAUAGAUCCCACACUAUCUAUUAAAUGGUGAACAUCUUACUGGAGUCCUGUAAACUAGAUGUCCAAGAGUUUAGAGAGGAAUAGGAUGCAAAAUGAGAAUGUGCUAUAUUACUUAAAAAAAAUUUUUAAGUGCCUUGGAAUCCAUAUGGAACAUUCUUUUGGUUUAAAACUGAGAUUGAUCCAGCAAAAGGAAAAGAGAGAGACGAUUCAAUUAUGUUGGACUCAACAAUGUCUUCAUGGGAAAGGAUUGUCUAAUAGUGAUAGAAGCCGCUUUCUACCUAAUGUGCUCAUAGUCUUAUUCUCCAUUUGUUUUUAUCUGAUACUAGAUUGUUGCUUCACAGACAAAACUGAGAGGAUGGAGAAGCCAGAACCCGCAAAGCCUGCAAAGCCCACAAAGCCCAAAAAACCCACAAAGCGUACAGCACCAGCAGAAGCACCAGCAGAAGCCCCAGCGGAGGCAGAACCACCUGCAACUAUAACUGAUGGUCUGUAUACAGCACAGUCAUAUGGGAUGAGGUUUCUCAUAAAGUAGAGGGAUGCACAAGAAAUGCACAGCUUCCGUCUGCUUCUUUUCCAGGUCCAACUUGUGGUCUCCAAAGUCUUUUUUGGGGUUUUUAAAAAUUUAUUUAUUUGGUUUUGCAAAUUAAAAUUUUACAGUCACAUAUCAAUAUACAAUAUAAAAACAAGAUUCCAGAGAAUCUCCUGGACUUCUCCCCUCGCCUUUGUGGGUCCUACUGUCAGUCAUUUCCUGCUGCAUCUUUUAUAAUAAUGCAAACAUUUACAUUUCUACAUGUGUAUCUACUUUAAAAAUUACCGUAUGUUCUUGUAAUAGGGCGUUAAGUGCACGACAACAAAAGUGAACAUUGUGAACUAUCAUACUUGACGAGAGACUUAUGCUCCAACCAAUGUAUUCAAACUCUUAUCCUCCAUGUUAUAAUGGCUUUUUGUUUCACAGACAAAACUGAAAGAGUGGAGACGCCAACACCCGAAAAGGGUGCAGAGUCCAUAAAUAAUGAAGCACCCAGAAAGGAUUCAGCAACAGCAGCAGCAGCAGAUGAAACUGGUGGUCUGUAUAUAGCACAGUCAUAUGGAAUGAGGUUUCUCAUAAAGUAGAGGAAUGCAUGGGAAAGGGAAGUUGAUGGAGGGACAGGCAGGGAGUGGAACCAGUCAUGUUGUGCUAGGGAGGAGUGCAGAGAAAAGCACACAAAGCUCUUUGGGUGCCAGAGAUCCACGAAGCCCCGUAGAAACCCCAGGAUUCAGUCCACUCUUUGCUUAGGCAGAAUGAGGCAGUUGCCUCAGGUAGCAGGUGCUGGGGUGGACAGAGAUGGGUAGACCACACAAGCUGCGCUGCACCUCCUCAGUUAGUCUGCUGCCCCAUCAGCAGCAUCGAAACAUCAGCCAAUGGCCAGUAAAGCCCAGCUUCUGUAUGUGGCAUUAUGUGUACAGAGGGCGCAUCUUGUCAUUUGUUUGGGGAGCAGAAAGUCCUUUAGUAACAAAGGCUACUGUUUUCUGAUCCAGAAAUUGGUCAGAAAAGUUUCCUCAAGCAGCAAGCCGUCUCGCUUUGCUUCCUCCACCUGCUUAUUCUCCCAAGUGCCCACCCCCUGAACAAUGGACUGUCUCUGGCUGAUGGCUGCCACAGCAUAUGGAACCCCUUUUUCCUGGGCUGGAAGUGGUAUGUUGGUUACUGAUGGUUAAAGCAGAAUUUUCUUUCUUCAAGCAUCUGGUUUUCAGAGCAUGGUUGCUUUCAUCACAUCUCCAACGGGUGAAAGAUUUGUCGUACUUGAGAUUUUCAUCCUCGCUGCCAUGACACUGCUGAUUUUCCUUCUAUGUAAGUACAUAAUUAGCAUACUUUGCAAUUAAUAUCACGGGUUUUCCUUCAAUGCCAAAUGGCAGGAUCCACCUUCCAUUUAUCCCUUUGAUCCCUCUUUGAUUUCAUGGAGGGAGUUACAGCUGUCACCCAUUGAGAGCAAUGUCACUGUUUUGUUCUCCCUGAAUAAGUUAGUUCCAGCACUUGGAACGGAAGUAUAGGCUAACACAAGUCCCUGGAACACCCUGGACAAUUCCCUUUCCCAGUUGCCAUUCUCUGCUCCUUUCCCAACUAAUCCUCAUUUGCUGGAAGAGAGACCUCAUUCUUGGUCCUCUCCAUCCUGCCCUCUGCUAGGGCUCCAGUCCCUUGAAGGAAAGUGCUUGGGGACAACAGGCUGCAGAGGAUAAGGCCAUGGCCAAAGUGGGUGGAUCCACAUCCUACAUAAAUAUCAAGAUAUGUGCAGGGCUUUUUUCAAUCGGAAUUCAUCAGGACUCAGUUCCAGCCCCUCUCAGGAUGGCUCUGUUGCCAAUCUAAGAGAACAAGGGAGAUAUUCAAGGUGAGUUUGGCACCUCUUUCUCCAGAAAAAUAGCACUGGAUAAAUAAACACAUGACCUAUUUGCCAAGCGAAUUCAUUUUUAAAGGGCACUCCAAGUAAGCAAAGCUUGGGGUGGAGUGAACCAAAUUAUCUAGGAAUUUGCAUAUUUUGAGCAUAUGGCAGGGCAUGAGGCAGCUUGGCAAAUGCAAGUGUGCAGGACAAAGAGGACAGAUGUAUCUAGACAACAAAAAAUCUAAAGCUUUCAAAGGAAGGCCAACCAUCUGAUGACAGAAGCAGCAGGCCAAAUGGAAACCGGACUUCAGACCAGCAGGGCAGCCACAAUCAAGGCAUAGGAAACACCAAUAUAAGGGCUGUGAGCAGAAAAUAUUAAUAGAACUCGGACCUCCGGGUUAGCGCCAUCGGCAAUGACGGAGUUCCUCUGACCAAGAGGAACCCGCUCCGUGAAAAUCGGGUCUUGCCGCCACGGCGAGGGCGGAGACCCUCUAAAAAUCCCAGGCGGAGGAAGCCUGGGAACGUGGAAUUCGGCUGACACCAGGAGCGCCUCCCCUACUCGCAGGGAAACCCUUUUUCGGGGAUCCGAAGCGACGUGGGGUGAGUGGCGCGGUGUUUUGAAUCAACCGCUAUUUUUACGGAGUGAAGCCGCACAGCCGUUGCCGGAGAGCGCUGACUUUUUCCUGUGGACAAUUGGACUCUAAAUAAGUAUCCGUGAGUAGAACGGAAAAUUGGAUUAAGAAACAUUGUAAUUUGGCACUGAAGCGGGAAGGCUCUAAACAGGAAGUCCGCCUCCCGUUUUUUGUAAAUAGAUUGAAGCAAAAACUUUGUAAGCUAAAGUCUGGAAAGUAUAAAGGUCUAAAGUAUAAAGUAUAAAGGUCUAAAUUUAUGUUUUUGUUGAUUUGAUUUUUUAUUCAGCCUUCUCCCUAAGGUCCUGGAACAUGUUACAAGUCAUUAUUUAAAAUUCAAUAUUAAAAGCAGUUUGACACCAAGUAUCCCCUCCCCCAGCUCAUCAGACUAGUAAGCUAGAAAACAGUUUCUUCAUUUCUUUUCUACCUACCUCCUCCUUAGAUCAGAAGGAAAUGAAAAAAAGAGUGGAGAUUGAAAUGGCAAUGAACAUGAUUCGAAACAUUGUUGUUGGGGUUGAUUCAAACUAUAAGGACAAGGAUGGUAAGCAUUUUAUAUACAAAUCCUCACUUUUGCUAGAACGUGUUUAGUUUAAACAAACUCCAAUUCCUUUAGUUCACUUUGGGAUUCAUAUUGUGUGAGCAAAACACAUAUUCAAGGAAACUCAUCACCCAAUAGAGUUUAUCACGGUUUCAUUGCUCAGCAGGAAGAAAAGCAGAUGGUUGUGAUUCUCACAUCUCCCCACUAGAAUUGCUGUCCUUCCCCAUCAAACUGCAAUUCACAAUGUUUGUGCUACUGCAAGAUUUUAGCACUGGCACAAGGAAACUUUGCCCCCACUUCUCCCUGCAUGCCAUCACCAAAGCUGCCACCAAAGUGGGGGAAACUUCAGAACAGAUGCAAAGAGAGGGAAAGGGACUGAAGAUUGCAUUGCACAAGGAGAAAUCCUUGCAGUGACGUAACGUCCUGCUUAGUUCUCUGUGGAAUGCAACUCAAUAUUCAUCAAAAAAGAGUUUGGGUGCCUGUAUUUUCUUAGAUUUCAGAAAGCAUAAUUGAAAACCGUAAAGUAAUCUUUGUAUAUUUGGCUUUACUGUGGGACUCGAGGCGGGAAUAAUAAUAAUAAUAAUUUAUUAUUUAUACCCCGCCCAUCUGGCUGAGUCUCCCCAGCCACUCUGGGCGGCUCCAGCCCAGAGUUUUGGAAUUGUUUUGUGACCCUGUGAUUCCCAGCAGAAAAGGAGGACAUAGGAGAGGAAGAUUAGAGAUACUUCGUGAGCCAGUUUCAAUAUGAGAAUAGGAUAGUGGAUUGCAUGGGUCUUUGGUCUGAUCCAGCUGCAGGAUUCUUCUGAGGCUUUUCAUUGGUGAUCUCAGCCACAGAGAAUCAAGUCUGUCCCCAUAUUCAUAAGAACCCCAUCCUGGAGCUCUGCUUCUUGAUUCAGGCUAGAGUGUUCCAAAAUGUUUGAAAAUGGUUUCUUAAUAUUUGCAGAUUGUUAUUUCAGAUACUCCUGCCUUAAACUGUUUCAAACCUUUAGACUUCCAAAUACUCGCUGCAGCUCAAAACUUAUCAGAGGAAAUGCGGUAUCUUGCCAAAAGAAAUGAUCAACUGCAAAAGGAAAUUGGUAAGCUACCCUAUGAUGCUGAAGAAUUGUAGCACAGUGGGAACCUGCCCUGAGUCUGCACCAGCUGAAAGGUGUGAAAACUCUUACUACCAGAGCAGAGUGGUGCCCUUCUUUGCACUUGGCCACCCUAGGGAAACAUCAGAGAAAUCCAGUUCAGCUCUCCUGAUCUGCUGAAUUGAUUUAGCUUCUAUGCUGAGGAAAGAAAAGACUGCCAUUCUUUGCUAUAGAAGAGACAAUCAAAACAGGUCAGCUAAAUGACCUGUCCUUUAUUAUAUUCACCCAUGGGAGACAGAUUCUUGAAUAGCACUCCCGAGGCAACUUCCACCAACUUGUUCAGAGAGACUGCUGGGAAGUGGGGUGGUUGGUGCAACAGCAAAAUUUCUCCCCAGUUGCACAAGCCCAUCAUCAGAAAGGAGCCCUCAAGCCCCCUCACAUAGUGAAUUGGCUCAUUGGCAUGUGGGUUAGAAUACCUGUGGACAAUAGCAACCCUCUCUCUACCCACGGGCCUGAUCUGUUGCCACAGCAAGUACUCAGACCGCCAAAGCUAGGUCAGGAUAGGGUCCUCCAUUUAUCUGCACAGGUAUCUAAGGUGGGCUCUCCUUCACUGGAAACACUACCUAAAUAGGUAAUGAAUUUUAGGUGGGUUCCCACCAAGCAAGACCCAGUGAUAACAGCAAGAACCUUUUAUUGAACUAACAGAACUGGACAACAGGGGCAAAGCAAAUGCUUAUAUACAUUUCUGAAGUCCUGGAUCACUCCCACUCUCAAGAUGAUUGGCUGUCUAAACUCCCAAGCUGAGAAUCAUAACUGAGAGUUUAAGGGCCAAUCGCAAUAGCCCAAAUCCUGAAAUGUCCUGUGAUUGGAUAUCAUGUAUUUAAUCAGAACCCAGCGGCUCAGAAUCCUUAGUGCAGACUCAAGCUAAGGCAAACACAGACCACUGAAUACAUAACACCCCUCCCUCUUAGGCACAAAACCGUAUCCCCGUCAACACACAUAGUCAUCAAAGUGGUGAGGGCAGUGCCUCACCCUCUGGGAGUGGUGAAGCUGAUUGCCUUGGGUUCUUGGGGAUGCCAAGGAAGCUGCAGCUGUUGUCGUGGGUGUCACUGAUGUCAUUGACUCUGCGCUGUCUGGUGGUGCAGUGUUGGGGCCCCAUUCCUCAGCCCUACCCUGGGCCACUGGGUUCUCAUAGGGUGCAUCAGUCUGUGAGCCAGGCUGAUCGUUCACCUUGUCCCUGUGCUCAGGUGUGGGAGCAGUGACUGGAGCUGGGGCAUCAGCCAGAUGGUGGGGUGUUUGGUCCACAUGCUGGCAGUGGACCUGAGCAUCUGGUGCGGCAGCCUUGUAGGAGCCUGGCCCAGUGCCCUGGUAACAGCGGUGGAGAGCAAGGCAGGACAAUCCCCAUAGUUCUGGAUGUAGACAGGGUCAUCAGGGGUGAAGGAACUGGGGGCCGCUGGAGCCUCUCAGCCAAGAGGUCGAUCAGAUGCCAGAUUAGGGUGCAACCAAUCCAGGAGUAAUGCCAGUUUCGAGUUCAUAAGGAGCUCUGCUGGGCUUCAACUAUUCAAUGCAGAGUUUGAAUGUGCUGCUGUAGCAGGAAAUCCACUAGCCAAUUGUUCCAGCCCCCUGGGCAAUCCAGUCGAAGGAUUUCGUGAUGGUCCUCAUCAUUCUCUAAGAUUGCCCAUUCGUUGAUGGGUAGAACGGUGCUGCUGUGACAUGCCGGAUUAGGUCGUAGGCCAUGAACUUCUGUAACUUGGCUGACAUGAACUGUACUCCAUGAUCAGACAUGAUGUUGUCUGGCAGGCCGUGUAGGGUGAAGAAAGACCUGCAGCAGGGCCCAGAUGACAAUCCUGGAGGUCAUUGCUGACACUGCCACCACCUUGAGCCACUUUGACAAGGAGUCCACAAUGAUGAAGAAUGUCUGACCUUGAUAUGGGCCAGCAAAAUUAAUCCGGAGUCUUGACCAUGGUGUGUGUGUUAUCUCCUACUGUCGGAUUGGGGCCUGAGGCAUGUCUGGUUAAGACUGACAGUGCUGGACCCACUCUUCUACUGCAGAAUCAAUGCCUGGCCACCAGAUGUAGCUACUGGCCAGAGCUUUCAUAUGGACAAUGCCUGGGUGACUCACAUGGAGAGCCUCCAGCACUUUGGUCCACAGCUUAGCAGGGAUCAUGACCCGGUUUCCCCACAAAAGGCAUCCCUUGUGGACUGACAACUUAUAUUGCUGGGAGACAAAUGGGGAGAAUUCUGCAUCAAGGCAACCCACUAGCAACCCCCUCCACACCCAGUUGAGGACUCGAGAGGUGGCGCGACGCUUCACCAAGUGUGUGGCGACAUUCGUGGCAUGGAGCGGCAGCUGGGGCAGAGUCUCUAGCAGCAUCACACUGAGGACUGGAGAUGGGUCGGAGUCUAUGCCUGGCAAAGGCAGGUAGCUUAGGGCAUCUGUGUGGCAAAGACUCUUGCCAUGGUGGUGGUGCAGCACAUAGUCAUAUGCCUUGAGAAAGAUGGACCACCUUAGCAUCCUCAGGGACAGGAUCUGGGGCGUCUGCCAUGCAGGAGCGCAAAGGCCCAGCAAAGGCUUGUGGUCAGUCAUGAUCGUGAAGUGGUGGCCAUAGAUGUAGUCAUGGAACUUCUUCACUUCUGCCACAAUAGCAAGGGCCUCCAUUUUGAUUUGGGUGCAAUUGCAUUCUGUAGAUGACUAAGUUCUGGAGUAGAAUGCAUUGGGGGCCUCCCACCCAUUUGGCAACUGGUGGCUGAGGACUGCGCCAAUUCCAUAUGGAGAGGCAUCACAGGCAAGCACAACGGGCUUGGUCUCAUCAAAAUGGGUAAGGACACUGUCAGAGGAGUGCAGGUGUUUGACAGCAUUGAAAGCAGCAUUCUGAGCAUGGCCCCAGAUCCAAGGAGAUUUCUUGUCCAAAAGCCAGUGCAGGUGCUCCACGAUUGCAGCCUUGUGUGGGAGAAAGGAGUGGCGUGAUUGGAUAUCAUGUAUUGAAUCAGAACACAGUGGCUCAGAAUCCUUAGUUCAUAUUCAAAUUCAGGCAAGCACAGAACACUGAAUACAUAAUAGGUAAAGUGAUUAUAAAAUAGUUUAUAAAGCUUUAGAUGCGAAAGCAGAGAAGGGGAACAAAUGCAGAUUGCGUCACUUAUACAUAAAAACAAGUGAAGGAUGGUCAGCACCAAACACACAUUUCAUGAGAGUUGUAUAAUGCCAUUUCCCCUCUUUUUCUUUGACGUUGGGAAAAAUGAUUGCCUUUAAAGAAAUUAUGCCAAAAUCAGACCUAAACCCUGAUUGAAAUGGAUCUAGAAAAUCAGUUACCUCCAAGAGCACCCGGAUCUGGUCCACGACUACCUACUCAAGAACCUUGCCCAGGAAGUAUCUUUACUUUAAAGAUACUCUACCAAAAGUUUUAGAAAAGAUACGGGAAUUUGGGCAGGUCACAGGUUCUAAAUUAAAUUUCAAUAAGACGAAGGGACGCAGGUGGCGCUGUGGGUUAAACAACGGAGCCUAGGACUUAUCGAUUAGACGGUUGGUGGUUUUGGUUAAAAAUAUGAUGGAGAAAGAAAAAAAGAUUUACAACAGAAAACAGAUUUAGUUAUACAUAAAAAAGGAAAAUAUCUAGGAGUUUUGUUAACAGCUAAGAAUACUAAUUUAUAUAAGGACAAUUAUGAGAAGGAAUGAAAGAAAUAAAAGAAAGACUUAGAGUUAUAGGGAAGAAUGAACUUAUCAUUUUGGGGAAGAAUAUCUUUGAAAAAAUGAAUGUACUACCAAGAAUGUUAUUCUUAUUUCAAUCAGCCCCGGUAAUAGGCAGUGUCGGAUACUUCGAGCAAUGGCAAAAGGACAUUUCCAGGUUUAUCUGGCAAGGGAAGAAACCAAGGAUAAAAUAUAAAUUAUUAACAGAUGCAAGAGAGAGAGGAGGUUUCUCCCUGCCGGAUCUGUAAUUCUAUUACGAAGCAUCCUGUUUCUGCUGGCUCCAGGAUGCUGGAUCACGCUGAAAAGUGCAGACAUUCUAGAUUUAGAUUUAUUAUCUAUUCUAGAUAAUAGAUUUGGAUGGCAUGCUUACAUAUGGUAUGAAAAAGCAAAGGUUCAUAAAGCAUUUCAGAAUCAUAUAAUAAGAAAAUUGAUUUUCAGCGUAUGGGAAAAGUAUAAUAAUCUAUUUGAGGGAAAAAACACCCUGGUGGAUUUUCCCUUUGGAAGCAAUAUCUUUGAGAAAAGUGAACAUAAGAGCCAUAGAUAAUUGUAAACUGAAGUAGAAAAUCAUUUAAAAUUAAAAGAUUUUUAAGAGAUAAGAGAACUAGCAACAGAUUGGCUAUAGUAUUUGCAAGUGAAUGAUAUCUUCAAGAGAGCUUUUAGUGAUACGAUAUCAAGAUUCCAAAAAGAACUUUUAGAAAAUAGUACUAAAACAUCUUUCCAAAAUGUAUAACCUGCUCCUAGAAUGGCAUACAAAGGAUGAACAGGUUAAAUAGGUUAUGAUAAACUGGGCAAAGGACUUAGGACAUAACAAAUAGCAGAUUGGGAGAGGCUAUGGAAAACAGAUUUGAAAUUCACAGCAUGUUGUACGAUGUAAGAAAAUUAUAUGAAAAUGAUGUGUUGGUGGUAUCCUACAAAGUUAUCUGAAAUGGAUAGAACAAGCUCUAAAAUUUGUUGGAAAUGUAAAGAGAAGGAGGGUAGCUUUUAUCAUAUGUGGUGGUCAUGCAAGAUAACAAAGUCUUUCUGGGAAGUGAUAUAUAAUGAAUAUAUAAUAAUAUAAAAUGAAUUGAAAAAAAUGUUUAAAGUAACAUUUGUUAGAAAACCAGAAGCAUUUCUGUUAGGAAUCACAGGUUCUGAUAUUCCAAAAGACCAGAAAGGAUUGUUUCUGUAUGCGACAACUGCUGCAAGGAUGCCACUAGCCCAAAGAUGAAAAGAAGCAACAGUUCCGAGCAAGGAAGAAUCACAAACUAUGCUGGACUAUCCUGAAAAGGCAAAAGUGACUGGCAGACUCAGGAAUCAAGAAGAUAGUGACUUUAAAAAAGCUGUACCCUCCCUGCUAGUUUGUAUCAGCCACAAGGGGCAGGGGCCAGAGUGCAAGUGGUUUUCCUGACCGAUCCAAGCACCUUGUCCGCAUUCUUGAACCAUACUGACUGAAACACAGCCAUCACAAUGGAAACAGACUCUGCUCUGGACACCCUUCGAGAUUCAUCUGCUGUAAUAGAAGGGUCAAGAUGCAAGCAAUUUUAUCCUCCAAAUGCUUUGCAAACAAGUCACAGAAAGCUGCUUUCAGUUCUACCAUCUCCAUCGGGCCAGACUGUAGCAGGGCCUGCACUACCUGGGAAAGCUCUGCUGGAUGGCACAAUGGAGGAAGCAAAGCAAGCCUUCUUUGUAGCCUUUACUGCCACUUGUUAGGUUCGAGGAUGAGCCCUUACUAGUAGUCGAUUGCAUUCAACCAGAGUUUCUUCCACACGCGUUCAAGCCAUCUCCCAGCUUCUUUCUUCACCCUAACCUCUGCAGUAUACCAGGGGGCAAAACAGGCUGCAUGAAGCGGGAGAGGGCACUCAGGGCCAAUUGUGUCAAUGGUCCAAGCCAAGUCAGAGGGCCUUCUGGGUAGCUGUGCCCACACUGUGGCACUCCCUCCCACCAGAUGUCAAGGAAAUAAACAACUACCUGACUUUCAGAAGACAUCUGAAGGUAGCCUUGUUCAGAUAAGUUUUUAAUGUUUUGUGUACAAUUGUGUUUUAAUUUGUUGGAAGUCACCCAGAGUGGCUAGGGAAAACAAAAAAGCAUGUAAAUGAAGGAGUAGUAGUAGUAGUAGUACUGAAGUUGAGGCUCCAAUAGAGAAGACUCCCUGGAAAAGACCCUGAUGUUGGGAAAGAUGGAGGGCACAAGGAGAAGGGGACGACAGAGGACGAGAUGGUUGGACAGUGUUCUCGAAGUGACCAGCAUGAGUUUGACCAAACUGCGGGAGGCAGUGGAGGACAGGAGUGCCUGGCAUGCUCUGGUCCAUGGGGUCACAAAGAGUCGGACAUGACUAAACGGCUAAACAAAAACAACAACAGUAGUCGGUUGUGCCAGAGCUUGGUCAAAGCUCAGCAGGAGCACCAGUCAGAUCAGCUGGAAAAUCCCCCAGAGUCAUUUGGAAGCUCACUGGAUUCAUCCUGCCAGCUCAGGCAGGGAGACAGCUAGGCAGAAAAGCGGGUGGUAAACCAGCAGAAUCCCUCAUCUGUCCCAGUUGCCCAAUAUCAACAACACACUCUAGAGUCCCCUUUCCCCUCCACAACUGAACAGAGAGCCUGGAGAGAGAAAGAGAAUUUUGAUAAACCACAGCUACUCCCCCUUCCCAACCUUCACGUUGAAGGAAUGGGUUUCCCAAACCCAAAACUGACUGUGCAGGCAGUUUGAAACUGCACCAAAAUCCCUAUUUUUCCUUAGCUAAAAUCCAUUAACUUGAGCUCUGAGCUCAAUGUAUAAACAAAAGCGUGGCUGUAUAAACAAGUGUUCAGAGCUCUCUCCUUUAUCAGUUUGUGAUGGCAAGGAUGACCUUGGCUGUUCAGUAGAACACGGAUGACACAUCUAGGUUUUAUCUUACGUCCUGGACACACUCUGACGCACAGACCUAGUCUGGGAACAGUGCCAGAGUGUGUUCUUGGAGUUGGUGACCUCUUGCUCCAAGAUAAGAGUAUAAGAACAGGAAUAUCCUUUUAUGGUCAGAAGUACAGGAAGGAAAACCCUUUUAUGGUUAAGAGUAACCAGAGCAGGAACAUCUGUGAUGUCAACCUGCGUGUACAAGCUGACGUGCUUGGAUUCCUGGGGAAGGGGGAGAGGGUGCCUGGAGGAUAUCAAUACUGCAUGAAAUCUCUCAUUUCUUUGGAAUGUGCCUUUCUGCUGUUCCGGAGAGCAGAAAUAAAGAACUCUUUUUCUGAACCAACCCUCGGUGUCAUUUGACUUCCUUCCUCCCGUCCGGGAGCAACGCAGAGCCCACCAAUCGGUAAACUCUAAUAAGGCUACAACGUCUGCCCUAAUUGUGCCCUAAGUAUCCAGGUGGAAACAAGUGGGUGAGGCCCCUGGGGUUCAGAUAAGGCCUGUGAGGGGACUUGCAUCUUUUGUCUAUUCCCUCAAAUGAAAGGUUCUUCACUGUGCUCCCUGUUCCAGCUAUGCCCCUCCCACCGGGUAUUUACUGCAGCAUCAUAAAGUGGUUGAAGAGUUAACGUUGCUCUUAUUUUAAUCUUUUUGAGCUUCCUAGAUGAGUAUAUGUUAUCAUGUGGCCACAGAAAUGAACUUAACAAAAAUAAUUGAAAUCUGCACAGAAAUACAAGUUUGUUCCCCUUAAAUUCCCUAUCUUGUUUUCUUUUUCUCUUCGUCUCGUCCUCUGGCUUAACUCAAAGACAUCCUUACUAGAAACUUGAAAGAUGGCUGGGUUAUAUUUUCAAAUGCAUUCUAUCUGUUUUCUGCUGAGCUACGCUCAUGGAUGGAUUCCCAAAAAAAGUGUGAGAGGGAAGGCGCCAAGCUCAUUUCUAUAGAAACAGUGGAAGAACAGGUGAGCAUCAAAGCCAAGUAUUGAAAAAGGUAGGGGAUCUCCUUGAGUCAAAGGGAUCCUAUCAUCACUAUCCAAUUAAGAAGUUCCAAUACACCUAUAUGCAGCCAAGACAGCAACUCCAUCAGUCAAGCUAAGGGGUGGGUGGGGCAGGGACCAGCUGCUACCAUCUGGGGCUAACUAAGGUUUCUUAGAACCGCUGAACUCUAAUAGCCUGAACCUGGCAGUCAGGAAGGAGGUCUUGAAUGAAGAGGAGGAGUAGAUACCUGAGGGGAAUCUAUCCCUUGGAUUUCCUGUAGAUUCUUCCUCUGCUCUUUGAGAUGUACUGAGUGCUUAGAAAAAAGGCUUCCCUCACCACCCUAACCUUCAGGCAUGAGAGUAUCAUGGGGAUGACUCUAGAGGAGCUUGCAAGGUAUAUCCCUCUCCCAGCCCCUUAGCCCAGGCAGAGGGGCUACUGGGGUGCUGCAGAGCCCAGACAUGGCUGAGACCCCACCAUCAGCCCAUCAAGCAUACCACAACCAGACUGAUUCCAGUGUCUCUGGAACCAACAAACAAGCAUGGGUACCAAAUUUGAGUAUUUGCUACACAGGUCACUGUCGGUUUCAAAAUGAACUGUUCUAUGGCAAAGUCAUUUAUAGUCUCUGGAAAUUUUAACUCUGUGUCAUGACUGGAAGACAUAUGUAGCCAGUAUUGGUGAGGGCAGGUGAAGUUACCCUUCACUACAAUAUUUCAUCUUUGGAAUACUUCCUUGAGUUCAUCAAUCAUAAGCAUCAUCAUAGUUUGGAUCAGGGGGACAAUAGCGCAUCCUCCAUACAAAAUUAUUCUUGGUACUUGAUGCAACCAUACUUGGAAUACUAUGUAUAAUUUUGAUCAUUGCUUCCCAAAAAAAUAUGGAUUGGGUCUUCAAUUGUGACACCUGCUCCUUUUGAAAUGUUUUUGUUUUAUGUCUGUUCAAUGUCUGCAAAGGAUUAUAGUCUCCCCAAGAAAGGGAAAUUGUCUAGAAAGGUUUUGGGAUGCUCCUCAUUCCUACUGAAGAUUUUCUGGUUUUUUUUCCUCUCCAUUCCUACUCUAGUUUUUUAUAAACCAUCAAGUAAAAGGUCGUAGAAAGUUUUUUUGGAUUGGACUCUUUAAAGACAAGGAUUUGGAAUGGAAAUGGCUGUCAGGGAGGCUACCUGAAGACGAGUAAGUUUUUGAAGAAAUAUUUGCUAAUGGCAUGCAUUCCAAAAAGUUGCAGAUUCUGUUUACAUAAUUGAUCCUUUCCCUCUCCAAAUAUAUUUUGUCAUGUAAUAUUCUCUACUACCAAAGAUCUGCAUAUGUACUCCUCCACAUCAUUGUCCAGGUGAGUGACUGCUGCUUCUCACUAGGUUGGAGAGGCAGGAAGGCUCCUCUUCCUGCUUCUCUAACCUAAUGAAUGUGGUAAUUCAGAAGAGGAAGAAGGCAUCUUUUUAAAUGGUUUGUGCUGAUUAGCUCAGCUUCAAAAGGACUUGUAGGGACCUAAAGCUGAGCAACACUCUCUUUAGGAAAGUAUUUCUGCUGUUAUCUGCUAAACAAUCUGAAUAACCAGCAAUCUCAAACCUAAAAUAAUAGUAGCAGAUGAAGUAAGUGUGUAAGAGAGGGUAGUUCAUGUCACUCUCUUGGAUAGAAUCAUAGACACAUAGAAAUUUAGAGUUGGAGGAGACACCAAGGGUCAUCUAGUCCAACCCCUGCAGAGCAGGGAUCACAACUGAAGAAGCCCUGACAGAUUCCUAAUUGUUUUUGCUGUCAGCUGGCAGUUUAAGACAGUUCAAGGUUUCCUUUAAGUAUCUAACAACUCUUUUCAACCUAUGUUGAUGGAUGUACAAGGUCAGAGUAAGAUCUCACUCAUCCACAGCUUGGUAGUAGAAGAGCGAACUGGUCUGGCAUUUUUUACCAAGACUGGAUUAACAGUCUUCUGCUGCUCCAGAGAAGCGGACACGGAGCAAUGGAUCCAAACUACAAGAAAGAAGAUUCCACCUAAACAUUAGGAAGAACUUCCUGACAGUAAGAGCUGUUCGACAGUGGAAUUUGCUGCCAAGGAGUGUGGUGGAGUCUCCUUCUUUGGAGGUCUUUAAGCAGAGGCUUGACAACCAUAUGUCAGGAGUGCUCUGAUGGUGUUUCCUGCUUGGCAGGGGGUUGGACUCGAUGGCCCUUGUGGUCUCUUCCAACUCUAUGAUUCUAUGAUUCUAUGAUUCUAUGAUUCUAUGAUUCUAUAACAGAGGGCUGCUUUAAAUUUGGCAAGGUCUCCUAGAUCAAAAUCUCCCAAUGUUGUUGUUGUUUAGUUGUUUAGUCGUGUCCGACUCUUCAUGACCCCAUGGACCAGAGCAUGCCAGGCACUCCUGUAUUCCACUGCCUCCCACAGUUUGGUCAAACUCAUAUAAGUAGCUUCAAGAAAACUGUCCAACCAUCUCGUCCGCUGUCGUCCCCUUUUCCUUGUGCCCUCCAUCUUUCCCAACAUCAUGAUCUUUUCCAGGGAGUCUUCUCUUCUCAUGAGGUGGCCUCAGCUUCACAAUCUGUCCUUCCAGUGAGCACUCAGGGCUGAUUUCCUUCAGAAUGGAUAGGUUUGAUCUUCUUGCAGUCCAUGGGACUCUCAAGAGUCUCCUCCGAUACCAUAAUUCAGCCUUCUUUAUGAACCAGCUCUCACUUCCAUACAUCACUGUUGAGAAAACCAUAGCUUUAACUAUACAGACCUUUGUCAGCAGGUGAUGUCUCUUCUUUUUAAGAUGCUGUCUAGGUUUGUCAUCGCUUUUCUCCCAAGAAGCGGGCCUCUUUUAAUUUUGUUACUGCUGUCACCAUCUGCAGUGAUCAUGGAGCCCAAGAAAGUAAAAUCUCUCACUGCCUCCAUUUCUUCCCUUUCUACUUGCCAGGAGGUGAUGGGACCAGUGGCCAUGAUCUUCGGUUUUUUGAUGUUGAGCUUCAGACCAUAUUUUGUGCUCUCCUCUUUCACCCUCAUUAAGAGGUUCUUUAAUUCCUCCUCAUUUCUGUCAUCAGAGUUGUGUCAUCUGCAUAUCUGAGAUUGUUGAUAUUUCUUCCAGCAAUCUUAAUUCCGGCUUGGGAUUCAUCCAGUCCAGCCUUUCACAUGAUGAAUUCUGCAUAUAAGUUAAAUAAACAGGGAGACAAUAUACAGCCUUGUCAUACUCCUUUCCCAAUUUUGAACCAAUCAGUUGUUCCAUGUUCAGUUCUAAAUGUAGUUCUUGUCCCACAUAGAGAUUCUCCAACUUUGGCUGCAAAGAAUAUGAUCAAUCUGAUUUCAAUGCUGCCCAUCUGGUAAUGUCCAUGUGUAGAGUCGUCUCCUGUGUUGUUGGAAAAGAGUGUUUGUGAUGACCAGCUUGUUCUCUUGAUGAAACUCUAUUAGUCUUUGCCCUGUUUCAUUUUGAACUCCAAGGCCAAACUUGUCAGCUGUUCCUUUUAUCUCUUGACUCCCUACUUUAGCAUUCCAAUUCCCUAUAAUAAGAACAUCCUUCUUUGAUGUCAUUUCUAGAAGGUGUUGUAAGUCUUCAUAGAAAUGAUCACUUUCAGUUUCUUCAGCACCGGUAGUUGGUGCAUAAACUUAGAUUACUGUGAUGUUAAAAGGUGUGCCUUGGAUUCGUAUCGAGAUCAUUCUAUCAUUUUUGAGAUUGAAUCCCAGUACAGCUUUUGCCACUCUUUUGUUGACUAUGAGGGCCACUCAUAGAGCCACUUCUAUGGGAGUCUUGUCCACAGUAGUAGAUCUGAUGAUCAUCUGAACUGAAUUCACCCUUUCCUGUCCAUUUUAGUUCACUGAUGCCCAGGAUGUCAAUAUUUAUUCUUGCCAUCUCAUUUUUGACCACAUCCAACUUACCAUGGUUCGUGGAUCUUACAUUCCAGGUUCCUAUGCAAUAUUUUUCUUUACAGCAUUCUUCACUUUCCUUUCACUUUCAGGCACAACCACAACUGAGUGGCAUUUUGGCUUUGGCCCAGCUGCUUCAUCAGCUCUGAAUCUACUUGUACUUGUCCUCCACUCUUCCUCAGUAGCAUGUUGGACCCCUUCUGACCUGAGGGGAUCACCUUCCAGCGUCAUAACUUUUAUAUGCCUGUUGUUUUUGUCCAUGAAGUUUUCUUGGCAGGGAUACUGGAGUGGCUUGCCGGUUCCUGCUCCAGGUGGAUCACGUUUAGUCAAAACUCUCCACUAUGACCUGUCCGUCUUUGGUGGUACUGCAUGGAAUAGCUCAUAGCUUCACUGAGUUAUUCAAGCCCCUUUUCCACAACAAGGCAAUGACCCAUGAAGAAGGUUGCACCCAAUACCAACCACUAAUCCUUUUUGGCGAAAGUAUUGAGUAAACUUUACAAACGGGCAGUGGAGUUGUAUAAUACUAGCUGGGAACUUAAACCCUGUAUGCCAGUGGUUCCCAGUUAGCUAAAUACUGCAGACCCCUUGUUUUUCAAAAGCCAAGCCAUGGGCCACCCUACCUUUGAACAUUUUAAUAUCUCUGUGGCAGUUUUUGUUAUUUGAAUGGCACCAAGAAGCCCCUGGGUGGGUGGUUCAUGGACCACCAAUUGGGAACCACUGCUGUAUGUGAUCUUAGACUUGAUCAAAGGGCAGAUCUCACCCAAACAUCUCAUGGGAGUAAAAAAAAACCUACUACACCAUUACUAGUAAUUUCAAUUUAAUAGAUUCAUAGAGAGCUUUAAAAAAGAGGGAUUUAUAGAAUACAUUUAUCACAGAAUUUUAGUGCUGUGUAGUGGGACUUGAUUCAGUACACAAUGGACACUGGAGAAUGCAAGGCCUUACCAGAAUUGACAAUAAGUGUGGGGCUAGGGUGAUAUCUUUAUCAACUAUGGAUAAUUGAUUAGAGUAAACAUAGAAUCAGCAUGUAAGAUUUAGAUAAGAUAUAUAUGUGAGAGAUAUCAUAUCAUUUCAGACAACCGUAUAAUGGCUUUGUGGUUAUAGAUUAUAUUUUGUAUUUCAUUUGUAGACAUAGCUAUUUUUGUUUCUGUAUAGUGUCAUUGCUAUACUCAUGCAUGGGGUGGGUGAUGGAUGUGAGAGGAGGUGGAUGAAGGUGGAUGCAAAUCUAACAAGGUUUUAAUAUGCUCACAAUAAUUGCUACUGUGGUAACUCUGCUAUCAGAAAGUAAGGAUCUCUCUUUCAAAACCCUCUCUCCAACACCCACAAAAGUCCAGAGCAGAUCUGAGGAGGAUGUGGGUGCAUAUGGAAAGGAGAGAGGGCCCGUUCUGUUGCAGAAAUGGAAAUCCUGGCAAUAGCAGAAGUACUGCAUUGGAUACUGCCCAAACUAAAUUCACUGAAAGUUCUUGUGUGUACCUCUGAGCCUUCCAAAGUGACUCCCUCACUAUUUUGUAGUUUCCUAUGAGAAAUCACUUCAUAUAAAAAGAAAAGAGACAGUCUUGACCCACAGAUUUUUUAAAAAUUUGGUUAGAAUUCUAAAAUCUGGGGAGAAAAAUCCAUUCCUAUUGUGGGUAGAUGUUAAGAGAGAAAGAGCUGAACCUCUUUUUAAUGGUAGAAGGCACGGGAAGUGGGUGAGGAAGUAGACAUCCAAUCUUGAUUGAUCAGUGCUGCUCUUUUCUUUUCAGGUACUGGAUUUAUUAUUCGCUACAUGAUGAAUUCAACCAUGACUGCACUGCAAUGACCUUUGAUUGCAUUGAUACUUGCUGGAUGGCAUUAGAAUGUCAUCUACAAAUGCCAUAUAUUUGUAAGAAGGUGCCAGAUGAUGCUUGGCUCUAA